AUGGAGGUAAAUUACUGCAUGAAGGCUUUCAAAUACUGUAUCUGUUAUAUACUUGUCAACUACUAUUUGAUAUAAUGUAAUAUCUCUCCAGGUCUCACAUGCUAUGGAUACAUGAGCUUUACUUGCAGCAGUUCCGAUCAGAGCAUGUGAGUGGAGUUGAGCGGUUGGAAAUCAUCGUCUCAUUGUCCUUUCCAACCGCUUCGCUAAAAACCGCUCCAUGCUCACAGAAAAUAAAACUGCCACUCCAAAUUCGCUCCAUUAAUUAAAAUCACAAUUUAAUCAACACCCAUCUAUUAUUGUGACUACCUGGACCUACUAUUUGGUUUUAAAGUAUUGAAACCAAACCAUAUGGAUUUGAAUGAAAAGUAUUUGAAUUACAGUUUUUCUCAAUUGCUAAAACACAAUUUCUGAAACCUUGCUCCAUUUCCUGAAAACAUUAAACACAAAACCUCAUCUUCAAGCACUAUUUACAAAACCUCUGACUCCUCUCGCAAAAUGAAACAUUCGCCUCAAAACAGUUUUACCUGUGUUCAAAAUCAAACACUGCUCUCAAAUCAUAAACAAAGUGAUCAAAAUGAUAUACACUCUCAAGCAGUCAGUAAACAAUACACCGAAAAAUAGAAAACACAUUGUUCAAAACAUACAGUUCUCAGGGAGAAGUAAAUUUUUAAUCUCAAAACAAAUUUCAUAUUUUUCCGUCAUUGUCUUUUGAUGAACGAAAACAUGUUCUAUCAUAGUAGCUCAAAAUUGAUCAGAAAUUACUGCUCUGCUUUGCUCUUUGCAAUUUUGUUUUUUGUUCUUCCUCCUCCUUGUACCCCUAUUUUUACAGUACUGUACCCUGCAUCUCACAAACUUGUCCUUUGUCUCUGUGAUACUGUAAUUAUUGUUCUUUGUUGAUAUGAACCUGCAACCAGUCAAAAUCUAUUGAGCAGUCAGUACUGUUAACAAAUGGAAAGCACAAUGUUCAGGGCCAUACAAUUUGUCCAUUGUACAGUAUACAGCCUACAAUGCACUGUACUACAGUAUACAAUACUAAAAGGGACACAAAUCAAAGGAGUAAACAUGUGAUCAAUGUGCUUCUUCUUGUCUUUGGGCUGGGUCAGGCCAGAGCACUUCGUCGAUGUCACAUGCAAUAUUGUCCCUCCUGAGGCAACGGGGGAAGAAGCCUCUUGUGUGCCGUAUCCAGCCCUGACAUGAUUCCUCACCUAUAUCACCACAGGCUAAAUAUAUGGCUUGCAGUAGAUUUACUCUGGUGUAGGGUUGCCUAUCAUACACUUUCCAUCUCCAAGAGGAGAAAAACUCCUCAAUCGGAUUCAGGAAAGGCGAGUAUGGAGGGAGGUACAAGUUCAUAAACUGCCCAUUGAUGUUUCUGAAUGUACACUUACUUGCACAUACUGAGCUCGCAGUUCUUUCACCCUUGGUGAGUUGCGCUCAAAAGGUACUCUGUAUACUUGUUUCAUUCGCAUCCUGUUACGAUGGAGGACACGGUCAAUUGUGGAAAUGCUCACACUGUCAAUUCCCUGGAAGUGUGUGUUGUCUUGUAUCACUCGUUGCUGGAUUUCUCUGAGUCGUAUUGCAUUAUCUUGAAGUACCAUGCCAACUAUAACGGCCUCUUGCUCCCGAGUGAAUAUAGCUGUCCUUCCACCUGCAUGUGGCAGCCUUGCAAUUCUACAAAAAGUAGUUGUGCAGUUACAAAACAUAUUCAUGCAGUACAAUACAUACAGUGAUUAACUUUACAAAUGUCUACAUUUGCAAUUACAAAAAUACAGUAGUAUACUGUACCUGUUCUCUUCUCUGAAUGUCCUUACUAUGGUGGACACAGAAAAUCGGCUCAAAUUGGGUUACACUCUAAGUCCUGCUUCCCUCAUUGUCAGUCCAUGGACAAGAACAUGGUCUAUGACUGUUGCUCGAAUUUCAUCAGAUAUUUCCACUUUUUGUCUUCCUCUUCCUCUUCGUCCUCCUCUUCCUCUUUCUUGCCCUCGUCCUCCUCUUCCUCCUCUUCCUCCUCGUAGCCCACCUCGCAUACGCACUCGUCCUCGUCCUCUCACAAUGUUUAUUCUAUCCAUUCUCAGACUUUCUCCUUCCCACCUUCAACAACCUGUUUGCUCUCUGAACUGGCUUAUAUUGGUUGUGUCGCAUCAUUUGAAACAGGUUAAAUCAAUUUUGAGUGGUUGUGUUCAAUCAAUGACAUGUGUUCUCUAUUUGUAUUUGAUUGUUGCCACUUGUGUUUACCAGUAUGGAUGACAUGUGCAUUAGAGUGCAGAAUGUGUUUUGAGAAUGAGAAUGUGUUUAGAGUUUUGCUGAAAAGUCUAAGUGAGAUCUGCAAAUUGUGUUUUACCAUGUGAAAUGGUUUAAGAUAUUGACAACAGACUGCAUAAUUAGCUAAAUGGGUUUUAGUGUUUUAACAAUUGUGAAAAACUGUAACAUGAAAAAUUAAACAGCAUAUAAACACUCUAAAUAGGUCAGGAGCCAGACAGGGAGCCUAAGAAGGAACUAAAAUGAAUGAUUUAGGCUAUAUUAUUUCAAUUAUUUCAAGGCUAUAGCCUACAAAGAAAUACAUUGUGAAGCAUUUGCAGUACGACACAAUAGGCUGGUAGGGACUUAAAGCGCUCAGCAUUUAAACAACAUUUAGUUGUAUGCAGCCUAAACAGAAAAAUACAUGCGGUCAGAGACCUACUUGAGCAGCACCGCCCACUCAAGAUUCUGAGCCUGCCUGGCAGGGUUGGUCCUACAAAGCCAGAGCCCCCUGAUGGGAGAGCAUAAUAUACAAGGAAAUUCUCAAAGGUGCUAAUGAGAACCUUGAUGACCUUGUACCUAGCCGGUGGGGAUUCCGGUGGGGUACCCCCACCCAGGUAGUGGCAGUGCUGGCAACAAUGGCUGCAGUAACCCAUGGGGGGGGGGUCACACUCGGACAAUCAGAGAGGGGGCUUAUUAUUGUGGCCCAAGUGGCCCAAAAUGAUCAAAGGUCUGACUGCACGGAGAUGCUUGGGGAAAAUGGUUACAACGGGGGACCAGAGUGUUUGUGUCUCAGGUGAAGAGGGUGAAGAGGGUGGAUCUGAUCUCCAUCACCUAGGACUUGACAUAGAUUAAAUAGAUUAAUCAAAUCUCACAUUGUUGUCCAUUUUUGCUCAAUCUUGCAUGCUUUCUCAAACAGCUGUAACUGUAUAUGCAUUCGUAAAUCAGGUCCUUUCUUGAGUUGGGCUCUGGGAUGUAACAACCAUUGAGCAUCUGAUCUUAUGGUUGAUUGUGGAGGAAAGGGGUUGAGUGUGUUAGAGUAUGUGCGUGUAUGUUUAGCCCACAUCUGUUGCAAGGGGGUAAGGAUGUUAGGGAGAAUAUAGGAUGAACCACAAUAAUUGUUUGCUUAAGUAAUAAUUGCUUGUCAAAAAUGUAAUGUAAUACAAUGGCAAUCCGGGUUAUAGGUUUAAAUCCUACGCAUGAACUGCCAACAUUAUUACGCAUAUUAAUCGAUAAUGAUGGAAAAUAAGAUAUGCAAGAUAUUUGAAUGGAUAUAUAUUUUUAAAUAGCUACAUAUACAUAUAUAUAUAUUGAGGUGAGAGCAUUGGAAAUUCAUUUGGCGGUUGACCUGCUUCUGUUUUGUGGGUGGCACUGUGUGCUGUUUUCGAUGGAUGGGUCCUGGCCCAACUUGGGAUGGGGAGGGGCUUUAGCGGGGGAAUUAGUGGAGAACAAUUGUAGGGUUACUUAGUACCAAUGCAAAUAUCAUGGUACAGCUAUAUGGAUAGUCAAUCGCUAUGGUAUUUUUUAUUGGUAAAUUUACAAACAUAUAUAAUGAUAAAUAGAUUUGAAACUUGUAUCCCAUUAUGGUAUGUGGUGAAAUAAGUAUAGCCAGUUAUAAUUGUAAUAGCUUAGCAGAUAAUAACAAAAGAAGAACAAUAUUUACAUGGCUCAAAGAGAAGGAAUAUAAUAACUAUUGUUUACAGGAAACUCAUUCAACAAUUCUAUAGAGGUGUGUAUGAUCAUUUUAUAUAAGUUUGGAUAAUAAGCUUUUGAUAUAAUGAUAUCUUGGGGUUCCGUACAACACUGCCUGUCAUAUAAUAUUGUGAGAUGUUAGUUCAGUGAAUAGUGACCAGUCUAUAAGAUUCUGGGAGGAUUCUAUGACUGAGGGGAAGGGUCUGGGUAGUUAAAGUUGUUGUUCCGCUGGAAGUAGAUUAUGAUAAACUGACUUGUGGUAAUAAAGAUCCAUUAGAAAUACGAAUGGUUUGGUUGAUAUGAAUAUAUUAAAAUAUUAUGAAUUUUAUGUGUGUGUAAUUGAUUACUAGAGAUUGGAUACUGCAUCACAGUGUUAGCUGUGCCACUAGAGAUCCUGGUUCGAAUCCAGGCUCUGUCGUAGCCGGCCGCGACCGGGAGACCCAUGGGGCGGCGCACAAUUGGCCCAGCGUCGUCCAGGGUAGGGGAGGGAAUGGCCGGCAGGGAUGUAGCUCAGUUGGUAGAGCAUGGCGUUUGCAACGCCAGGGUUGUGGGUUCGAUUCCCACGGGGGGCCAGUAUGAACAUUUUUAAAAUAAUAAUAUAUGCACUCACUAACUGUAAGUCGCUCUGGAUAAGAGCGUCUGCUAAAUGACUAAAAUGUAAAUGUAAAUGGAUAAAGUAAUAAGUGGAAUAAUGUAUAGGUACUGACUUGCGCACCCAAAACGUAGACCUACGUGAGGGGUGGGAGACAGUGCAUAGAUCAUUUGAUAAGGUUAAGCAUUAUAAUAACUAUCUAUCAUUUCGGAGCAGAGGUGAUAUAGUAAAGGAAUUUUAAAUUGUAGGGGAAAAACAUAAUCCAUUUGAUUAAACUCGUUAGAUCUGUUUCCAAAUCAAUGAAUGUAGAUUUGACUCAUUGACUGCUAAUUCAUUCCCUUCGAGCUAGUGAGAUAUUGGUCCUGUAAAGCUAUUUUCUGAUAAUUGUGUUAUGUGACAGAUGUUAAGACUACAGACCAUUAUAAUUGGAAUAAAGGAGGAUUUACUUGUCAUUUCAAUAAGGCAUAGGUUCUGCAUUACUGACAAAAAUCUAGGUUUUCUGAUUAUAGUUCGACUAUGUUUAUGGGUUGCUUAGAUUGAUAGAACAGUCAGUGUUUAUUUUGUGAUGUAAGACUGGACGAUUUAGCAGCUUGCUUGUUUCAAAUUGAAAGACUCAUUUAUUUAACGUGAAUAGUGGGACGAUUUUGAAGUAGUAAUUUUUUGCAUUGCCUAAUGAUUUGAUAGUUUAAACUACUGUGAAUAGGGUUGUAAUUUGGAAUAUUGAAUUGAAUAUGGAUAUUCAUUGAAUAUGUUUGUCAACUAUAGCAAGUGUUUGUUUUAUUAACUAUAGCCUAAUCAGAAAGGACAGUUACUUAAAUGUAAUAGCGGACUGGCAAUUACUUUAGAGCUGUGGCCAUGAUUUUAAUUGAUAACAAAGGAAAGUAAGUUAAUAGGGAAGUGAGAAUUUCAAAUUUGAAUUGUUGGGGUAGACUGAAAUAAAAGCAAUGUUUUUUAAUAAUAUGAAUGCAAAUAUACUAUUAGUUAUUGGUGGUUUGUGAAUAGACUUUACUGAUGCCAUGUUUUAGCUUGUGGGUGAAAGAGAGUCGUACUUGCUGGACUGUAUCAGGUUGUAAGGGACAUUUGAAGCAGAGGUCUGAAUAGUUGAAUGGGAAACAUUCUUUGACAAAUUCUAAUUGUUAUUACUCAAUUCUAUUGUUUGCAUAACACUAGUGUUUGCGUAACACCAGUGACGUAUGCAAAUAGUUAAUGAAUUCUAAAACGAUAAUUAGUUUUCGUUACAUGGAACAGUGGAUUGCAGGUAGUUUUGACUAUUACGCUGAUGGGAUAGCACCAACUUAUUGUGGGUACUAGAUUUGUUAAACAACAAAUUUAUAUUUUAACUAAAUUAAUGCAAUAGGCUACAAUUAUAACAUUAUCGGAAAAAGGCACAAUCUAAUGCGAAACAGUUAUUACCUAUGUCAUUGAUCCAGUAAUGAUACCAGGAUAAUAGUAAUAAUAGAAGUCUGGGUAGGAUAAUUUAGGAUAGGGACUGGCUGUCCAGAUAUAAACAGGUAAAGGAGAAAGCUAAAAAGGAAGGUUAGGGAAUAAAUGCUGAGGCGAAGAUUAGAAAGAGAACCACAGGAAAGCAGAUACAAUAUAAGGGAUUGUUACAUAGGGGAAUAUACAGUGGCAGCAAACAUAAAAAUAAUAAUAUAUGAGGUACACAUGUGGAAGGAAAGAGAACAGAUACAAAAAUUUUGAUACGGGACAAAUAGAGCAUGUCAAUAAAACUGGAGGGUAAUUGAAGAGUAGAGUAACGUGGAUAUUGAUAGGGGAAAAUAGGGUGUGGUCUGGUGACCCGAGGCUGAACAAACCACUGGGAAUAUACCUAAGCACAGGAACGCAAGAGUGGUUUUAUAAAUUUGAGGUAACUUACAGGAAAGUAAUGAGAAAGAAAAAGAAAGGGACUAAAUAAAAAUAAUAUAGCGUAUUAUAACAGGAGAGUAAGUGUGUUAUCUUGAUGGGAGAUGAGAUGAGGGAACAAAGGAGAAGAAGAAUAUUAAAAGAAACGCAAGGGAUAAAAUCUCAUUUUUGGAAAGAAGCAGAGUAUGAAGAUAUAUUGGGAAAAAUAAUACCAUUAACUGAGGAAUAUAAAAACUUUCAGCUGAGAGCAAUAACAGAAAUAACAAAUUUAGUGGAAGUAAGAGAAGAGUGGCCAUAUAUAGAUUGGACUGGAAUAAUAGGAAGAAAUUGGAGAGUACAGAAUAUUGGAGAAACUCUUGAAGAAAUAGCAGAUCAAAAGAAGUUGUAUUUUAUAAUAAUCCCAAUAGAUAAACAGGUUGAACCUUGGCUGGCAUUAGGGGAGGAGCAAGGUUUUGAAAGAGGGAAAGGGCAGACAUGGAAGACAAUAAGGAAACAAAUAGAAGUGUCUAUAGUAUUGAGAGAAGUUCAGUGGGUUAUUCCAAAACGAGCGGCAAUAAUAAGGGAACAAUUAGGUACAAGGAAAACAGUAAGGAAAAUAUUGUUGACUUUACACCCUAAUAUAGACACUGAACCAAACCAAAGAGCUCCUGCCUUACCAGUAGUGAAUGUGUACACACAACAAUCUCCUGGACAGUGGCAAAACAAAGGAAAUGGAAACAGACCAAAGAAUCCAUGGCACCGAUCACAACAGCAGACAUACCAAAAUGGUGGACCAGGAGGACCGUUAGGUGUCUGCUGGGGGUGUCAUCAAUCAGGACAUCUAAGAAGGAAUUGUCCUACCAACCCAUGGUUGCCUAAGCAACCACAGCAUGGUAAUUGGCAAAGAAAUGACACCAGCUCAGAUGCAUGGCGGCAGUCUCAGAUACAGGCUCCACAGGGCCCAGUGAACCCGUGGGGAGGACCAAAUCAGGGAUACUAGGGAUGCCCAGAGAAUCCUAGAGGGGAGGGUCAGCUAGUGGCAGUAACUAUGCAGGCUGAUGAAGAACCUAUGCUGCAGGUUCAGGGGAACAAUAGAGGCACACCAAUGAUGAUAGAUACUGGAGCAACUUACUCAUGUGUAAGUCCAAAUUAUGCCUCUCACCUCCCCAUGUCAGGCAAAUAUACAAAGACAGUAGGAUUUUUGGGACAAACGCAGCUAAUACCUAUGACAGUUCCAGUAAAACUAGAAGCAGGAGGAAAAGCUACCUGCAUACCUAUAUUAGUAUCAGAACAAACUCCAGUUAAUCUAUUAGGGAGAGAUGCACUGUGUAGAAUGGGCAUCCAAAUUAAAUGCACAUCAGAGGGACUAAUAACAUAUCAGGAAGGUGUACGUACACAGAUGAUGAUGGAUACAGACAAAACAACAAAUGUAUACUGGAUAGGGAAUAUAGAAUCACCAAUACAAGAGGUAUUAAAGAAGUGGGGAAAAUUCAUCAGGGCUCAAGUUCCAGAAAUGAGAGUACCAAAAUUAGGCUAUCAUUGUACACUGCAAUAGGAUCCAUAUCAAAAUAAUUUGCUAGAACAACAAUGUUUGAGGAAGGCUUGGGGUAAACCGGCCUCCAUUAGAUCACAAUAUUUUGUAAUAGGGAAACAACGGGCAGCAAUGGAAGCACGAGAUGCUCCAGGAUCUGAUAUCAUACAGUCCUGGUUUGAAAUACCAGGAACAGAACCUCACAUAACACUUUUAGUGGCUGAGGGAUAUCAGGCAAAAGACCUAGGACCAAUGAUGAAAAAGGCUAAAAAUACACAGUGGGUAGAAACAGAGAAUCCAUUCUGUUGACAAAAACCUAAUUAAAGUCCUAUGCUUUGCAGAACUGAUGGGGGAACCACAGGAAGUGGAAAUAACAGAGGAAAGACAGAUGCCAGUAGUUAAAGAAGAAACAAAACAGGAAAAGCUAACGAAACAAAUGGAAAGUAUGAUCACAGAAGACUUAUGGGCAAAAUAUGAUACAGAUGUGGGUUUAGUAAAUUCAGCUAAUCCAAUUUGCAUUAAAGUAAAGGUAGACACAAGACCCCCAUGGAAACAGCAAUACUCAAUGACACCGAAAGCAGAGGCAGGAAUUCAAGCUACAAUAGAGGGACUGAUAAAAGCAGUAGUACUGGUUAAAACCCAGAGUGACUGUAACAUGCCACUGUUACCAGUACUAAAGGCAGACAAACAGAAGUGGAGACCGGUUCAUGACCUGAGAGCAGUGAAUGAGGUAGUUCAAGACUAUAAAGCAGAGGUACCCAAUCCCCACACACUGUUAACAAACAUUCCACCAGAUGCAAAAUGGUUCUCAGUAAUAGACUUAUGUGGAGCAUGUUUUAGUGUACCUUUAGCAUAAGAAAGUAGACACUUGUUUAUAUUUACUUACAAAGGACAGCAAUUUAUAUAAACAAGGAAUUAGAUUGAAACAAACGAUUAAUAAUUUGAUGGAGUACAGUGGAAUUAUCUUCAUAUUUUGGUUGUAGUUAAAACGUUUGGAUGGCUGAUUAACAUGUACUAUAGUGAAUGUUAACGAAAUGUACACUUUAUUUUCCAGGAGAAUGGGAGUUUCAUUAUCUCUCUUUGGAAUGUUUCCUGAGUCUGUGAGCUAAGGAGAGCAGUUAGUAAAACUCAGCAAUCUUAUAAUUAGGCCGUAAGAGGGAGCUACCAAAUUAAAUAAGGCCAAGUCAUUUGUUUGUCUUUGCCCUACACCAGCACACACAACCCACCUAUUAUGAAUAUUUGGUAGUUGUGUAGGGUUUUUAUUUUAGGUUUAGUGGAUUUUUCACAGGUUAGAAAUAAUACUCUUUAAAGGGCACAUAAAUGACAUUUUUGGAAGUUUCUAUUGCCAGAGUUUUAAUUACACACGUCAAUUCUCCUGAUAAGAAAUGUACUGAAAAAACCCAAUGUAAACCUGGUACACAAAAUGUUUGAAAUGUUUGAAAUAUCGUUAAAUAAUAUCUAAGGUAAAGGGGAAGUAAAGGGAAAGAGACACUCACUUAAAUGGGGUUGAAUGACCUCUGACCUCUGUUCUGACUUUCUGGUGAGGCCUGAUCACCCUCACUAGAAAGCUAGAGACAUUGUUUGAGAUUUAUAUGUAGUAUGUAAACACUAAUAAUUAGGAAGAAGUUUAUAAUUUAGCAAUAGGCCUAUGUAUGAUUCAUACCAUGACAAGGACAAAGAAAGAGAACUAGCCCUGAAUGAGGGACACCUGUCGCUAAUCAAUUUUACUAUUCCUUGAAUUACCUAUGGGAUACAAUUAAGUUAAGGUGCUAUCAAGGGUUAUCAUUCUAAUUUGAUUUGUUAUUUUGAUUUAACAGACAGUGUUGUUGUUAUUUGGGGGGGGGGCUUACCUCUGGCACUAAUGAGUUAUCGCAUGCAAGCUAACAGAAUAGCGCAUCUAACACCGCAUGAAAUGCUAACGGGUCGACCCAUGCCAGUGCUUAGGGGACCAUAUGAGGGUCCGCCUCUAGAGCGAAUGGAAAGGGAAAUAGAAAGUAUAUCAGGCAACUAACUGUCAUAUACAGUGGGGAAAAUAAGUAUUUAGUCAGCCACCAAUUGUACAAGUUCUCCCACUUAAAAAGAUGAGAGAGGCCUGUAAUUUCCUUCAUAGGUACACGUCAACUAUGACAGACAAAAUGAGGAAAAAAAAUCCAGAAAAUCACAUUGUAGGAUUUUUUAUGAAUUUAUUUGCAAAUUAUGGUGGAAAAUAAGUAUUUGGUCAAUAACAAAAGUUUCUCAAUACUUUGUUAUAUACCCUUUGUUGGCAAUGACACAGGUCAAACGUUUUCUGUAAGUCUUCACAAGGUUUUCACACACUGUUGCUGGUAUUUUGGCCCAUUCCUCCAUGCAGAUCUCCUCUAGAGCAGUGAUGUUUUGGGGCUGUCGCUGGGCAACACGGACUUUCAACUCCCUCCAAAGAUUUUCUAUGGGGUUGAGAUCUGGUGACUGGCUAGGCCACUCCAGGACCUUGAAAUGCUUCUUACGAAGCCACUCCUUCAUUGCCCGGGUGGUGUGUUUGGGAUCAUUGUCAUGCUGAAAGACCCAGCCACGUUUCAUCUUCAAUGCCCUUGCUGAUGGAAGGAGGUUUUCACUCAAAAUCUCACGAUACAUGGCCCCAUUCAUUCUUUCCUUUACACGGAUCAGUCGUCCUGGUCCCUUUGCAGAAAAACAGCCCCAAAGCAUGAUGUUUCCACCCCCAUGCUUCACAGUAGGUAUGGUGUUCUUUGGAUGCAACUCAGCAUUCUUUGUCCUCCAAACACGACGAGUUGAGUUUUUACCAAAAAGUUAUAUUUUGGUUUCAUCUGACCAUAUGACAUUCUCCCAAUCCUCUUCUGGAUCAUCCAAAUGCACUCUAGCAAACUUCAGACGGGCCUGGACAUGUACUGGCUUAAGCAGGGGGACACGUCUGGCACUGCAGGAUUUGAGUCCCUGGCGGCGUAGUGUGUUACUGAUGGUAGGCUUUGUUACUUUGGUCCCAGCUCUCUGCAGGUCAUUCACUAGGUCCCCCCGUGUGGUUCUGGGAUUUUUGCUCACCGUUCUUGUGAUCAUUUUGACCCCACGGGGUGAGAUCUUGAUAUUUGAAGUGUGGGACCUAUUAAGUCCCAAAGGGGGGAUGUGUUGGGUAUUUUUUCAGUAGGGAUGGGUAUUUUUUCAGUAGACCAUACGGAGCCAUGGUACCGAGUGGUACCCAAGAUCAGACCAUAGGUUAAAAAUAGUAAAUCUUUCUAGACUAUAAAGAUUAAAAUAUAGCUAAUUAUAAAGACAGAGUGUGGUACAGAAUGGUACGGAGGAUGAGGCAAUAAGACUAAGUGAUGUGGAGUGUGGUACUGAGUGGUACACAAGGAGGGAGACUGCGCCAGAGUCAGGAGAUGGUCUUGAUUGAUUAUUAUACUGUUAUGUAUGAGGUAAUGCAUUAGGAAAGUCUUAAAUGUAUGUGGUUGAGAAUGGGUAUGGAUCUUCUAUGUUUAAACCAUAUAUAAGUAUCGAUUGAUAUGUUUUGGAAUAAACAGAGCAGAGCCAGGUGGUGGCUCUGUAAUUUUUUACAUGAGAAAGUUUGGUUUGGCCACCAUUGUAUCCAAACUAAAUAAAUAUAGGAGGAGAAGUCAGAUUUCGCCACUAUCAUAAAUUAAGAGAGUGGGCAGAGCGGUCAAAAGAUGAAAGUUUGGAGACAAUAGUGGAGAAACUGAACUGGGAGGGUUUUAAGCUAAAAGUAUGUAAAACGAGCAGGAAUGGACAUUGUAUAUAAACUGAGGGCCGAGUGUUGUGAGUUAGUUGCUCUGCAGACCAGCUAGGCUUUUGUUGCUCUAUGUAAUAAAGUCUAUCUUGAUUCUACAAAAACGAAGAACUUGGAUUUUUAAUAAGUAUAGUGAUAAUUUUCCACGACAACAUAUGACUAAGUCACCACUGUUUACUACCAAUCUGAUACAAAGAGAGCAAUGCUGUCUGAUAGUGGGGGGGGAUGAUCUUUCGUUCCCUUUCUUCUUGUCAUUUCCACAAUCUCUUACAACAGACUAAAUGAACCCUCUCCACAACAGACUUCCUGUCAGAUUGGGAGACAGUCAAAACUGUUUUGUGCCAAUGGGCUAGUGGUUCUGGGGAAAGACAACCUCACAACAUGGCAUUAAACAGCUCAAAGUGUUUUCUGUCUGAGCCUCUGGAGGAAUGCGCGCCGCCUAGUGGGCCACUUUUGGUAAACAGAACUGGCGCUGCGGGAUGAACCGAUGUGAAGGCUGUGUGAGUAACAAACACCCAACAAGGAGAAUAUACACACAUAGGCCCUGCAGAGGACAGUUGAAGGUGAAAUUAAAGCUAGUGUGACUGACUGGGUUUGGACCUGGGCCGUCUUUGUGCCACGAGACUGUUAGCCCACAGAGCUAAAGCCUUGGCAUUCGCUUGGGGAGCUAAUACAAGUCACGCAAACAUACACACAUACAGUGUAAACAGAAAUCAGCGUUACUCUAGACUUUACAACAAUUCAUGUCUGUACCAUGACACAUUUUCUGCAGUAAAAAUAUCAGUGGCCAAUACCUAAAUGUAAACAGUCUCUCACUCCACUCUUGUGUAAAUGUCAGUUUGCCGCUUACAGCACAUAACGUGGCACAGUGCAGCACAGGACUCCAGGCAAGGGCCACACUACACCACUACACCACCAGGCCACUUUGUGACCUUGAAUUCAACACACCUCCUCGCCACGAGAGAGCAAGAUGCCAGCUCUGUGUGUCACACACACAUCACCACACCACAGUCCAGUCAAACUGUCUCCACCUAUCACACUGCUCUCUUGAAGCUGCCCUGAGGGGUGAUUGGUGGAAGCAGACGUGGACUGUGUGCUUGAUGUACUGGUCAAUUCUUCAGUUGUAGCAUUUGCUAGUAAAGUUCAUAAGGCCGUUCAGUUUUAGAGGCACAAACCUUUUUAUAAUACUAUAUAAAAAGGAAAAAACUCAAGCCCACUGGUGAUCUACAAGAUGCUCUGUGUAAUUAAUGGAUCUUACAAACAACGUUUCCAUUUUAAUUAAAUUGUUUGUGAAGCAUUGGAGAUAUUAAUAAAACAAAUGCAUGGUCAGGCUUGCAUACAGCCAGGACCAUGGGGCUCUGCUGUUCUCAAACUGUGUGCUCAGCUGUGACCCUUCCCAGAAAGCCACAGGCUCUCCCCAAACGCCUCCCUAAUGCUGCAUGGCACAGUCAGCAGCUGACAGAGACCCCUUACAAUUACCUCAAAGGCACUCAAGUGUUUUUUCCAUAGACAAUUCUAAUGUAAUGUAAUAUACUGUACAUUAACAUCUCAAAGGUUGACCAGUGUGAGACCUGAUGAAGCGUUGUUUCGAUAAACAUUUACUGAGCAUAUCUUUUUAUAUCCAGCAUCCUGCUUAAAAACACUGGAUGUGCUUGUAUGUAAUCCUUUCAAACACAUAACACGUACAUCCGUCUGGCAUGUCACUCUGUAUAUCAUCACCAGAGGCAGACAUGUUUUGGCACCAGAGGCAGACAUGUUUUGGCACCAGAGGCAGACAUGUUUUGAACUGCCACUGCCCAGGGUUAACAUGGAACCUGCUACCAGCCAACAUCUCUGCUCCAUAGUAUUCAGCCUGCAAGUGAACUGUGUCUGUCCCUAUGCUGAAGAGACUGAGAAAUUAAUGUAUUUAAUUUCCAAGUCAUGUUCAAGCAACUGACAAUACACCACCACUUCAACACACCAAUAUAAUGUAGUUUACGAAAGUUCAAUAAGAAGGCUGAAUCGUCACUUUAUAUUAAUCUAGUAAACUCCUAUAAUUCACAGUGCUUCCUAUCUCACUCAUCAGCAUAGCUGGUAUUUAUAGGGUAGGGGUUAGAAUGAUACCUCAUCAGCAUAGCAGGUAUUUACACUGAGUGAACAAAACAUUAGGAACACCUGCUCUUUCCAUGACAUAGCCUGACCAGGUGAAUCCAGGGGGAAACUGUGAUUCCUUAUUGAUGUCACUUGUUAAAUUCAAUCAGUGUAGAUGAAGUGGAGCAGACAGGUUAAAGAAGAAUUUUUAAGCCUUGAGACAAUUGUGACAUGGAUUGUGUAUGUGUGCCAUUCAGAGGUUGAAUGGGCAAGACAAAAUAUUUAAGUGCCUUUGAACAGGGUAUGGUAGUAGGUGCCAGGCGCACCAGUUUGAGUGUGUCAAAAAACACUGCUGCAGGGUGUUUCACGCUCAACUGUUUCCUGUGUGUAUCAAGAAUGGUCCACCACCCAAAGGACAUCCAGCCAACUUGACACAACUGUGGGAAGCAUUGGAGUCAACAUGGGCCAGCAUCCCCGUGGAACGCUUUCGACACCUUGUAGAGUCCAUGCCCUGACUAAUUGAGGCUGUUCUGAGGGCAAAAAGGGGUGCAACUCAAUAUUAGGAAGAUAUUUAUAUGGUAGUAUCAUAUUGUUACCUCGUCAGACUAGCGUCACGUCUCUCCCCCUCCUUUACUAUUAGCAAGCAUGCAGAAUGUCAUUCACCUAUUAACUUCAGCCUAUGAGCAAGGCACACUAAGGCAAUUCCACCACACUUGCUGAUUAACCUAUGGGAUCACUCAUGCAAUAAUCACUUUCCUUUCUUUCAAAAUGGGCAUGAAUCUAGGGGAGUAUUUAUAUGUCAACUCAAAACUUGUGUCUCCCACUUGCUGUUUUGCAGCAACAGUCUUCCAAUGACCUUCCACCUCCCCACCACUACCAACUGAAGGCCUGUCAUCGGAUCCCUGUUCUCUCAGCAUUCCUCGGAGACGAGGCCUACCCAAAACUAUUCAAUAAAAUUCCAUAUUGUAUUCUGUCUCUGUUGUCAUUCAGUUAAGCCUGUACUUGAUUGAACUGCCAUUAUACAUGUGUACAGAGACACAUGAGGAGAGGGUGAGGGAAUGAGCUCCGUUACUGUUGAGUACCAAGACUAUAAGACAUUGUAGCUGCCAUUGGGACAUGGUGGAGAGCACAGAGCAAUCUGUGAGCUGUGGCUGCCACAUAAAACAAGACAAAGGGAAAGACAUUUCAAAUCAAGCCUCCUCAAACACUCUUCUCUGUUCGGCUCUCGAUAGCUUUAGAACUUUGCUUGAGAAAAGGGGAUUUGCAAUUGUACCCUUUAAUCCUGUUCCUCCCCCUCACAUAGGAGGAUAAGAUUAUGAGCUUGACGGUUGAGAAGCUCAGUUUCGUCAAGCAUAAAGCAUUUUUUAUACCUUCAUGAUAGAAGAGCUUUCAAGGUUAAUGUGAGAUGAGGGGUAAUUGAUAUUAGAUACAAUACUAUUAUGAAUGUAUUUAUGCACUGGAUGUUCUUUUCUACCUUGAAAAAUAAACAAAAGCUGUAGUUUAUCCCUGUCUAAUCUGGUUUCAGGUCAUCUCUUUUUGCCCUAAACCAUCUUCAGGUAUCAGGUAUAUCCUUCGUAAAGUUUGAAGGACAAUUUUGUGUAUGUCCUGGUACAUAUUUUCUUUGUUCUGGGUCAGUAUUUGCCUUCACUUCAUGCCUGUGUGUUUUUUUUACUCUAAUUGUGCUACAGCAACAGCAUGUCAUUGUUUGGAGCUCUCUUUGUGUCAGCUCUUGUCAGAGUUGUACUCCAGUCCUCUUUAGGCGAGGUAUUACAUUAUUCUACUCUGCUCCAGUCUCCCACCCAGCAUGGAUGUCUGUAGUAGUUGUUAACAUUGGAGAUAACUCUGAGGAAGGUCGAUUGAAAGGAAUGUAAAUAAAACCCGCCUGAAUCAUGUCUGCCUCUCGUCACGUCAGAACUAUAUCAUACUGGGAGCAUCUACAUUUACAUCUAGACAGGACAGACAAGAAAGAGACACAUGGAAAAGGAGACAGUUUUGAAAGAGAGAGCGAGCGAGAGAAAAAUAGAGAGUUUGUGUGUAAGAGAUAGAGAGUGAGCGAGCGAGAGAAAAAGAGAGAAAGAGAGAGACAGUUUGUGUGUGAGAGAGAGAGAGAAUGCCUCUAUUCCUUUGAAACUUUUGUGAUUGUAAUGUUUACUGUUCAUGUUUUAUUGUCUAUUUCACUUUUGUUUAUUAUCUAUUACACUUGCUUUGGCAAUGUUUCCCAUGCCAAUAAAGCCUUUUGAAUUGAACUGAAUUGAAUUGAGAGAGAGAGAGAGAGAGAGAGAGAGAGAGAGAGAGAGAGAGAGAGAGAGAGAGAGAGAGAGAGAGAGAGAGAGAGAGAGAGAGAGAGAGAGAGAGAGAAAUAAGAGAGAGCGCAUUGGAAAUGUCAUGCCUCUAGCUAAAUGACUGGUAUAAUGUCUCUGGUUUGAGACCCAUGGUUGGCUGUCUGCUGUGGAAAUAUGAUAUGUCUCUGUUGUUCUGUCUGGCAAUAACAAAGUCGUGGUCAGAUGACUGACUCUAUUGAUCUGUUAUUGGUUUCCUGAUUUGGUUGCUCCAGUCUGAGCCCUAUGUUAACAUAAAUGUAGUCAUGUCAUUGUAGAGUUAUCUGAUUAUAGACAGUCAGUGUCAUAUGAUUGUUGUUCUGUCCAGUUUGACCCACUUACAGAGUGUGUGUGACUCCGACUAUAGGUGUGUCACAUUAUUAUGGCUUGGUCCAUUGUAGGCCCGGGAGCCUGUAUUAUGAUUCUGACCCAGUUUCAGGCUUCUGCUGUGGCUAGAAUGAGAUGCAGAGCCUGACUCAGAGACAUGUGGGAUAAUAAUCGCACCCUCAGGUCAGAAAAUGUUACUGUAGGUUUUUACAGUGGGAUCAUCAUUUGAGUAAGUAUGAACUAUUCUAUGCAUUGAAAUGAAUGGCUCCCUUUUAGUCACUAACUGUAAGUGGCUCUGGAUAAGACCGUCUGCUAAAUGACUCAAAUGGAAAUGGAAAAUGUAGUCCACUUGAAAAUAUCACUUUCUUAUUGAAUCAACUGAGGCAACAACUUUGAUAUGUUCAGACUUCGGGUUGUGUCAUUCAUAGUUAUGUAUUUCAACAGCUGCUCCCCCAAUCACCCGGGCACAUUCCCCCCUCUCAUCACUGCAUCCUGCUGUCUUUAGAGGUAGCAGCAGGGUUUCUGCUGUGACAUUCAUGUUAAUCACACACACACACACCGCCUAUAGGGGGAGACGUGGACAUUGUGCUGUGACAUUCAUGGACCCAUCGCUCAGGGUCCUACAGACACCAGCUUUAUGUAACAAAGAGAGUGCAGCCAAUGCAGUAUUUUAAAGAAGUGUUUGACAUUUAGAAAAGAGAGCGACCCUACCACUCCAUUUUACAGAUAUACAGUGAGUGUACAAAACAUUAGGAACAUGUGGUAAUAUACUAUGGUGAUCUGUAUGUCAGGGACAGCACUUUUGACAGAGAAUAACAGUUGACUGCACCUUUAACUCUACUCUCCUAUUACUAAGGAUGCCCAACCUCUAUUGUCUUAAAGCCUUGUAAUUUGGAUCAUCUACAUGUGUUAAACCUGUUGGGGAAAUAUUUUGACCACUCUCAGACAAUACUGUAGAUGUGUUUGAACAUUGCAUAGAGAAGACAUACACUGAGUGUUCAAAACAUUAAGAACACCUGCUCUUUCCAUGACAUAGACUGACCAGGUGAAUCUAGGUGAAAGCUAUGAUCCCUUAUUGAUGUCACUUGUUAAAUCCACUUCAAUCAGUGUAGAUGAAGGGGAGGAGACAGGUUAAAGAAGGAUUUUUAAGCCUUGAGACAAUUGAGACAUGGAUUGUGUAUGUGUGGCAUUCAGAGGGUGAAUGGGCAAGACAAAAUAUUUAAGUGCCUUUGAACGGGGUAUGGUAGAAGGUGUCAGGCGCACCGGUUUGAGUGUGUCAAGAACUGCAACGCUGCUGGGUUUUUCACGCUCAACUGUUUCCUGUGUGUGUCAAGAAUGGUCCACAACCCAAAGGACAUCCAGCCAACCUGACACAGCUGUGGGAAGCAUUGGCGUCAACAUGGGCCAGCAUCCGUGUGGAACACUUUCGACACCUUGUAGAGUCCAUGCCCCGACGAAUUGUGACUGUUCUGAGGGCAAAAGGAGGUGCAACUCAAUAUAACAAAGGUGUUCCUAAUGUUUUGUACAUUCAGUGUAGUCUAUUUCUAUAAAUAUUUCACCCAAUCCUACAUCAAUCCCUUUCCCUGGAUCUCCACAAGUGUCUUUCAGGUAGGGGCUAGGUUGACAGCGAUUUCAAACAGAGAUAGAUUUCACUCUUGCACAAAACAUACAUUGAGAAAAUAAUUUUGAAUGAUGGUUUAUAAACAUAGCUAAUGGCAAUCAACCAAUCAUUAUUCGCCACGGUAAAAUACCUACUCUUAUUUUUUCAACGACAUCAGAACAGAAAAUAUGAUAAUAUAUCCAUACACAGAUAAACAGAAAUUACAUUUGUACGAUUUUCUAAGUGCAUCUUUAAUCAAAUCUAGCGACUCACUGUCAUCUCUCUCUCUCAUAUAAUAUUAUUACCAUUACCUGCAAUGCCAUCUACCUUCUUCGGAACUACAGUAGAAAUAACUAAAAAUCAAAUCAAAGUAAAGAAAUCUCUCUGUCUCAGUAGAAGAAGAAGUUGAGCCUUUCCUCACAGUCUCUGUUCUCCCAGCCUCUUCCCUCCCGUGACAGGGCCCCACAGUGGAGGUUGCAGGCCUCUCCCUGGAACCAGGCCUCGUAUUCCAGGGGGUCACCAUUCAAUCAAAUCAAAUGUUAUUGGUCGCAUACACAUAUUUAGCAGAUGUUGCUGCGGGUGUAGCGAAAUGCUUGUGUUCCUAGCUCCAACAGUGCAGCAAUACUGUUAAACAGCCAUCACUAGGACAGAGAGGCUGCUGCCUACAUACAGAAUUGAAAAUCACUGGCCACUUUAAUAAAUGGAACACUAGUCACUUUAAUAAUGCCACUUUAAUAAUGUUUACAUAUCUUGCAUUACCCAUCUCAUAUGUAUAUUCUGUAUUCUAUACUAUCUAUUGCAUCUAAGCCUAUGCCGCUCUGAUAAUGACAUUGCUCAUCCAUAUAUUUAUAUAUAAUUAUUCCAUUCCUUUAUUUAGAUUGUGUGUAUUAGGUUUUUGUUGUGGAACUGUUAGAUAUUACUUGCUAGAUAUUGCUGCACUGUCAGAACUAGAAGUACAAGCAUUUCGCUACACUCGCAAUAACAUCUGCUAACCAUGUGUAUGUGACCAAUACGUUUGAUUUGAUUUGAUUUGAAUAUCUAACAAUACACAACAAUACACACAAAUCUAAAUGUAAAAUAAUGGAAUAAAAAAAUACAGAAAUAUUAGGACGAGCAAUGUCGGAGUCCAUUCACCCACAGCCAGCUAGGUACCGCAGACCCGUAUACAAGUGGUCCUUCUGGGCCUCCUGGCUGUCCUCACAGGCCAGAUCCAGCUUAGUCUCAGAGAGCAGGCUGACCAGGUCAGUACCGUUCUCCUUUCAGUACUCCAGAGCCUCCUCCCACAUCUUAUUCUCCUUCACCAGACUGAACUAGGUUUUCCUCUAAGAUUUUGUCUGCGCUUACAUGCAGCUCUAUUUAGUUUAUUUUUUAUCAACAACAAAAACACUCCCUAGUCCUUGCCAAUGACAAGCAUACCCAUAACAUGAUGCAGCCACCACUAUGCUUAAAAAUAUGAAAAGUGGUACUCAGUGAUGUGUUGGAUUUGCCCCAAACAUAACGCUUUGUAUUCAAGACAAAAAGUUAAUUUCUUUGCCACAUUUUUUGCAGUAUUACUUUAGUGCCUUGUUGCAAACAGCAUGCUUGUUUUGGAAUCUGUUUUAUUCUGUACAGGCUUCCUUAUUUUCACUGUAAUUUAGAUUAGUAUUGUGGAGUAACGACAAUGUUGCUGAUCCAUCCUCAGUUUUCUCAUAUCACAGUCAUUAAACUCUGUGACUGUUUAAAAUCACCAAUGGCCUCAUGGUGAAAUCCCUGAGCGGUUUCCUUCCUCUCUGGUAACUGAGUUAGGAAGGACCCCUGUAUAUUUGUAGUGACUGAGUGGAAGUAUUCAUACACCAUCCAAAGUGUAAUUAAUAACUUCACCAUGCUCAAAGGAUAUUCAAUGUCUACUACUAGGUGCCCUUAUUUGCGAGGCAUUGGAAAACCUUCCUUGUCUUUGUGGUUCAAUCUGUGCUUGAAAUUCACUGCUUGACUGAGGGACCUUACAGAUACUUGUAUGUGUGGGGUACAGAGAUGGGGUAGUCAUUAAAAAAUCAUGUUUAGCUCUUAAGGAUCGGACCGACCCUUUUUUUCAAUUUACGCCUAAAAUGACAUACCCAAAUCUAACUCCCUGUAGCUCAGGACCUGAGGCAAGGAUAUACAUAUUCUUGAUACCAUUUGAAAGGAAACACGUUGAAGUUUGUGGAAAUGUGAAAUGAAUGUAGGAGAAUAUAACACAUUAGAUCUGGUAAAAGAUAAUACAAAAAAAACAUGUGUUUUCUAUUUAUUUUUUUGAUCCAUCAUCUUUGAAAUGCAAGAGAAAGGCCACAAUAUAAUAUUGCAGUUUAGGCGCAAUUUUGAUUUUGGCCAAUAGAUGGCAGCAGUGUGUGUGCAAAGUUUCAGAUUGAUCCAGUGAAGCGUUGCAAUACUGGACUAUAAAAGUCUGCCCAAAUGUACCGAAUUGGUCAAUUGAUACAUUUUCAAGUACAUAACUAUAGAGAACAUACAAAAAUUAUAUGGUAAUACAAAAUGUAAAUUUACACACUCCCAAGAAUGUCAUACAUGAUGGUUAAUUAGCUUAUACACUAACUUUCACACAUCUAGAUGGCCGGGCGGGGUGGGUGUUGGCCAGAGACAGCAGGGGUUCAAACUGUAGAACCAAGUUCCUACAUUUGAAUAUAAAAAUGGAUUUUAUCAAACAAAACUAUGCUACAUUUUAUCUCUGGGACACUCAGGAUGACAAAUCAGAGCAAGAUUACUGAAUGUAAGUACAUUAUUUACCUUCAGAGGUGAAUGUAUCCAACCAGUUGCCGUGAUAAGUUGUUGUUGUUGUUGUGCACUCUCCUCAAACAAUAGCAUGGUAUUUUUUCACUGUAAUAGCUACUGUAAAUUGGACAGUGCAGUUAGAUUAACAAUAAUUUAAGCUUUCUGUCCAUAUAAGACAUGUCUAUGUCAUGGAAAGUUUGCUGUUAUUUACAACAGUCAUGCUAAUCACAUUAGCGCACGUUAGCUCAACCGUCCCGUAUAUGGGACACUGAUCCCACAGAGGUUAAACACUUUUAUUGCACACAUAAUCCAUGCAAAUUUAUGUGACUUAAGCAACAUUUUACUCCUGAACUUAUUUGAGCUUGCCAUAACAAAGGGGUUGAAUACUUAUUGACUCAAGACAUCUCAUGUUUUAAUUUUUUUAUCAUUUGUUAAAAUUUCUAAAAACAUAAUUCCACUUUGACAUUAUGGGGUACUGUGUGUACAUCAGUGACACAAAAUCUCAUGCACCAAAGACCACCUUACAGAAAGCUGUGAUGAGGAGCAGCUUAAAGGUAGUAUUCUCCAUGAUGGCUUAGCGAAUGGUACUGAGUCUCUGUGACAGUCUUCUCUUAUAGUCUACCUGAAGCAUCUUACCUACAGCAUAGUGAGACAUUGACCAAUCAUAGUGCUUUCUGUACCAGUAGGGAAAUACACAGGGAGGACAUACAUGCACAAACACCCUACAAUCAAACUCACACUCAAAUUAUGGCUCACACACCUUAAGAAAUGUACUUUGAAAUGCCCCUUUAAGACAAACAAGUAAUCAUUAUUGGGGGUAUUGUCCUGCAUUGGGUGCCGUCUUUCGGAUGGGACAUUAAAUGGGUGUCCUGACUCUCUGUGGUCAUUAAAAAUCCCAUGGCACAUAACGUUAAAGUAUGGGUGUUAAGCCCAGUGUGCCAUCUAAAAUUCCCAACCUGGCCCCUUUUCCACCAUGGCAGUCUAAUCAUCGCCCUAAUUCCCAAUUGGCAAAUAUCACUCCUUAUCUCACUAACCAUUAUAGCUGAUGUGUGGUGAGCGUUCUGGCACAAAAUGGUUGCCGUUCAUCACCCUAGGGUGCGUGCGUGUGUUGGGGUGUCAGACUGGUAACAUGCCACUCUGCUGAGUGUUGUGGGCUCUGUGCGCGACAUUUAGAAAAUAAAGAAUCCCUACCUAUGUAUUUUAAUCUACUAUAAAUAUGUGGCACAAUCCUGAAUCAACCCCUUGCCCCUGGAUCACAAGUGCCUGGAGGUACGGACUAGGUAGACAAUAGAUUUUACUCCUGCACAAAAUAUAAUUGUUUAUAAAGAGAAUGGCAAUCAACCAAACAGUAUUUGCCAUGGUACAAGGCCUAUACAUUUUUUUCAACAACAUCAGAAGACAAAAUAAGAUAACAUACAAUAUAUAUACCCAAGUGUGGACACCCCUUACAAUUGGUGUAGAACGGCCUUACUGAAGAGCUCAGUGACGUUCAACGUGGCACUCACUACCAAGUUCCAAGUUGCCUCUGGAAGCAACUUCAGCACAAGAACUGUUCGUCGGGAGUGUCAUUAAAUGGGUUUCCAUGGUCGAGCAGCCGCACACAAGCCUAAGAUCACCAUGCACAGUGUCGGUUGGAGUGCUGUAAAGCUUGCCGCCAUUGGACUCUGGAGCAGUGGAAACGCGUUCUCUGGAGUGACACAUCCCGCUUCACCAUCUGGCAGUCUGACGGACGAAUCUGGGUUUGGCAGAUUCCAGGAGAAUGCUACCUGCACGAAUGCAUAGUGCCAACUGUAAAGUUUGGUGGAGGAGGAAUAAUGGUCUGGGGCUGUUUUUCAAGGUUAGGGCUAAGCCCCUUAGUUCCAGUGAAGAUAAAUCUUAACGCUACAGCAUACAAUGACAUUCUAGACAAUUCUGUGCUUCCAACUUUGUCCGACGAGCAGGUGUCCACAUACACAACAUGACCAAAAGUAUCUAUAGACUACAGAAAACAAAAAUCACUUUUAUAUGAUUUUCUAAGUGCAUCUUGAAACUCUGAAAUGUCAACCUCAACAAAACGGUCAUCUCAGCACUUUUUUUUUUGUAAACAGCUGAGGUAUGAGGCUGGAAAAUGUUUACCACUCUCAAAUUCAUAGACAGAGCUAUGGAUGCAAGGACUGACCAUCCAUGAGAUGGUGAAAGUUUUAAUCAUGAUAUUAAAAACUAAAUGAUUGAGAAAACUCUACUUUAAUCAUGUUUUGAAGUUAGACAGUGUUUGUUUGCGAUUACAAUGGAGUAGAAGUACAAGCUUGUAUGUAGGGUUCUGAUGGGGACAGUUGAACUAAAUUCAUGAGGCAAUUCUAAGUUAUAUUCUUCAAGAAUCAAUAAUUCAUUUAAAAGUCCAAAGAAGGAUGUACCAUUUCCAGAUUGCCCCUUUAAUCCGAUCUAACGACUCACUGUCCUUUCUCUCAUAAACCUAUUCUAUACUCUUCUAAUCUUUGUGUUUUUUUAAAUGAUCAAAUAAGCAAAUCAAAGUAAAAUAUCUCAAAUCUCUCAGGCGCAGUAGCAGAUGAAGUUAAAAUCAAAUCAAUUUUUAUUUGUCACAUGCGCCGACAACAGGUGUAGACCUUACAGUGAAAUGCUUACUUACAAGCCCUUAACCAACAAUGCAGUUCAAUAAAUAGUUAAGAAAAUAUUUACUAAAUAAACUAAAGUUAAAAAAUAAAUAAAAAGUAGCAAUAAAAUUACGCGGUUAUAUACAGGGGGUACCGGUACCGAGUCAAUUUGCGGGGGUACAGCUUAGUCGAGGAAAUUUGUACAUGUAGGUAGGGGUAAAGUGACUACGCAUAGAUAAUAAACAGCGAGUAGCAGCAGUGUAAAAACAAAGGGGGUGUCAAUGUAAAUAGUACAGGUGGCCAUUUGAUUAAUUGUUCAGCAGUCUUAUGGCUUGGGGGUAGAAGCUGUUAUGGAGCCUUUUGGACCUAGACUUGGCGCUCCGGUACCGCUUGCCGUGCAGUAGCAGAGAGAACAGUCUAUGACUUAGGUGAUCUUUGACAAUGUUUUGGGCCUUCCUCUGACACCGCCUAGUAUAUAGGUCCUGGAUGGCAGGAAGCUUGGCCCUAGUGAUGUAUUGGGCAGUACGCAUUACCCUCUGUAGCGCCUUACAGUCUGAUACCGAGCAGUUGCCAUACCAGGCGGUGAUGCAACCGGUCAGGAUGCUCUCGAUGGUGCAGUUGUAGAACUUUUUGAGAAUCUGGGGACCCAUGCCAAAUCUUUUCAGUCUCCGGAGGGGGAAAAGGUGUUGUCGUGCCCUCUUGGUGUUUGGACCAUGAAAGUUUGUUGGUGAUGUGGACACCAAGGAACUUGAAACUCUAGACCUGCUCCGCUACAGCCCUGUCGAUGUGAAUGGAGGCAUGUUCGGCCCACCUUUUCCUGUAGUCCACGAUCAUCUCCUUUGUCUUGCUCACGUUGAGGGAGAGGUUGUUGUCCUGGCACCACACUGCCAGGUCUCUGAACUCCUCCCUACAGUCUGUCUCAUCGUUGUCCGUGAUCAGGCCUACCACUGUUGUGUCGUCAGUAAACUUAAUGAUGGUGUUGGAGUCGUGCUUGGCCGCGCAUUCGUGGGUGAACAGGGAGUACAGGAGGGGACUAAGCACGCACCCCUGAGGGGCCCCCGUCUUGAGGAUCAGCGUGGUAGAUGUGUUGUUGCCUACCCUUACCACCUGGGGGCGGCCCGUCAGGAAGUCCAGGAUCCAGUUGCAGAGGGAGGUGUUUAGUUCCAGGGUCCUUAGUUUAGUGAUGAGCUUUGAGGGCACUAUGGUGUUGAACGCUGUGAUGUAGUCAAUAAACAGGAUUCUCACAUACAGUGCAUUCAGAAAGUAUUCAGACCCCACAUUUUGUUACAUUACAGCCUUAUUCUAAAAUGUAUUAAAUAAAUACAAAUCCUCAUCAAUCUACACACAAUACCCCAUAAUGACAAAGCAAAAACAGGUUGUAAUAUAUUUGUGGAAAUGUAUUAAAAAUUAAAAACAAAAAUACAUUAUUUACAUAAGUAUUCAGACCCUUCGCUAUGAGACUCGAAAUUGAGCUCAGGUGCAUCCUGUUUCCAUUGAUCAUCCUUGAGAUGUUUCUAUAACUUGAUUGGAGUCCACCUGUGGUAAAUUCAAUUGAUUGGACAUGAUUUGGAAAGGCACACACCUGUCUAUAUAAGGUCUCACAGUUGACAGUGCAUGUCAGAGCAAAAAUCAAGCCAUGAGGUCGAAAUAAUUGUCCGUAGAGCUCCGAGACAGGAUUGUGUCGAGGCACAGAUCUGGGGAGGGUACCAAAAAAUGUCUGCAGCAUUGAAGGUCCCCAAGAACACAGUGGCCGCCAUCAUUCUUAAAUGGAAGAAGUUUGGAACCACCAAGAUUCUUCCUAGAGCUGGCCGCCCGGCCAAACUGAGAAAUCUGGGGAGAUGUAACCAAGAACACGAGUUCCUCUGUGGAGAUGGGAGAACCUUCCAGAAGGACAACCAUCUCUGCAGCACACCACCAAUCAGGCCUUUAUGGUUGAGUGGCCGGAUGGAAGCCACUGACAUGAGUGUUACUGGGCGGUAGUAAUUUAGGCAGGUUACCUUCGCUUUCUUGGGCACAGAGACUAUGGUGAUCUGCUUGAAACAUGUAUUACAGACUCGGUCAAGGAGAGGUUGAAAAUGUCAGUGAAGACACUUGCCAGUUGGUCCACACAUGCUCGGAGUACACGAUCUGGUAAUCAGUCUGGCCCUGCGGCCUUGUGAAGGUUGACCUGUGUAAAGGUCUUGCUCACAUCGGCUAUGGAGAGGGUGAUCACACAGUCGCCCAGAACAGCUGGUGCUCUCAUGCAUGCUUCAUUGUUGCUUGCCUCGAAGCGAGCAUAAAAAGGCAUUUAGUAGUCCGUAAUAGUUUGCAAGCCCUGCCACAUCCGACGAGCAUCAGAGCCGGUGUAGUUGGAUUCAAUCUUAGUCCUGUCUUGACCCUUUGCCUGUUUGAUGGUUCGUCUGUGGGCAGAGCAAGAUUUCUUAUAUGUGUGCGGAUUAGUGUCCCGCUCCUUGAAAGCGGCAGCUCUACCCUUUAGCUAGGUGCGGAUGUGGUGGUAAAUAGACGGCUACAAAAAAUAUAGAUAUAGAUGAACUCUUAAUUUUAUUGUCCCGUUGGUUGGAUAGUCUCGAACGGAGAUCAUCCAUUUUAUUCUCCAGUGAUUGCAUGUUGGCCAAUAGAACGGAUGGUAGAGGUGGGUUACCCACUCACUGACUAAUUCUCACAAGGCACCCCAAUCUCCGCCCCCUGUAUUUCCGUCUUUUCUUCACGUGAAUGACGAGGAUUUGGGCCUGGUCUCGGAGAAGCAGUAUAUACUUUGCGUCGGAUUCAUUAAAUAAAAUAUCUUCGUCCAGUUCGAGGUGAGUAAUCGCUGUUCUGAUAUCCAGAAUACAGUGGGGGAAAAAAGUAUUUAGUCAGCCACCAAUUGUGCAAGUUCUCCCACUUAAAAAGAAGAGAGAGGCCUGUAAUUUUCAUCAUAGGUACACGUCAACUAUGACAGACAAAAUGAGGAAAAAAAAUCCAGAAAAUCACAUUGUAGGAUUUUUAAUGAAUUUAUUUGCAAAUUAUGGUGGAAAAUAAGUAUUUGGUCAAUAACAAAAGUUUCUCAAUACUUUGUUAUAUACCCUUUGUUGGUAAUGACACAGGUCAAACGUUUUCUUCACAAGGUUUUCACACACUGUUGCUGGUAUUUUGGCCCAUUCCUCCAUGCAGAUCUCUUCUAGAGCAGUGAUGUUUUGGGGCUGUCGCUGGGCAACACGGACUUUCAACUCCCUCCAAAGAUUUUCUAUGGGGUUGAGAUCUGGAGACUGGCUAGGCCACUACAGGACCUUGAAAUGCUUCUUACGAAGCCACUCCUUCGUUGCCCGGGCGGUGUGUUUGGGAUCAUUGUCAUGCUGAAAGACCCAGCCACGUUUCAUCUUCAAUGCCCUUGCAGAUGGAAGGAGGUUUUCACUCAAAAUCUCACGAUACAUGGCCCCAUUCAUUCUUUCCUUUACACGGAUCAGUCGUCCUGGUCCCUUUGCAGAAAAACAGCCCCAAAGCAUGAUGUUUCCACCCCCAUGCUUCACAGUAGGUAUGGUGUUCUUUGGAUGCAACUCAGCAUUCUUUGUCCUCCAAACACGACGAGUUGAGUUUUUACCAAAAAGUUAUAUUUUGGUUUCAUCUGACCAUAUGAUAUUCUCCCAAUCCUCUUCUGGAUCAUCCAAAUGCACUCUAGCAAACUUCAGACGGGCCUGGACAUGUACUGGCUUAAGCAGGGGGACACGUCUGGCACUGCAGGAUUUGAGUCCCUGGCGGCGUAGUGUGUUACUGAUGGUAGGCUUUGUUACUUUGGUCCCAGCUCUCUGCAGGUCAUUCACUAGGUCCCCCCGUGUGGUUCUGGGAUUUUUGCUCACCGUUCUUGUGAUCAUUUUGACCCCACGGGGUGAGAUCUUGCGUGGAGCCCCAGAUCGAGGGAGAUUAUCAGUGGUCUUGUAUGUCUUCCAUUUCCUAAUAAUUGCUCCCACAGUUGAUUUCUUCAAACCAAGCUGCUUACCUAUUGCAGAUUCAGUCUUCCCAGCCUGGUGCAGGUCUACAAUUUUGAUUCUGGUGUCCUUUGACAGCUCUUUGGUCUUGGCCAUAGUGGAGUUUGGAGUGUGACUGUUUGAGGUUGUGGACAGGUGUCUUUUAUACUGAUAACAAGUUCAAACAGGUGCCAUUAAUACAGGUAACGAGUGGAGGACAGAGGAGCCUCUUAAAGAAGUUGUUACAGGUCUGUGAGAGCCAGAAAUCUUGCUUGUUUGUAGGUGACCAAAUACUUAUUUUCCACCAUAAUUUGCAAAUAAAUUCAUUAAAAAUCCUACAAUGUGAUUUUCAGGAUUUUUUUUCUCAUUUUGUCUUUCAUAGUUGACGUGUACCUAUGAUGAAAAUUACAGGCCUCUCUCAUCUUUUUAAGUGGGAGAACUUGCACAAUUGGUGGCUGACUAAAUACUUUUUUUCUCCACUGUAUAUUUUCGGUCAUAAGAGACGGUAGCAGCAACAUUAUGUACAAAUUAAGUUACAAACAAUGCGACAAAACACAUAAAAUAGCACAGUUGGUUAGGAACCUGUAAAACGGCAGUCAUCCCCUCCGGCGCCAUUAUCCAGUUGUUAAGCCUGUCUGUCUGUCAAUCUCAGCAGCAGAUGAAGUUGAGCCUGUCUGCCUCGCAGUCUCAGUAGCAGAUGAAGUUCAGCCUUUCCUCACAGUCCCAGUUCUCCCAGCGUCCUCCCUUCCGUCACAGGGCCCCACAGAGGAGGUUCCAGGCCGAACUCUGGCACCUCUUGAACAAGGCAUUGUACUCCAGGGGGGUCACCAUUCACCCAGGUAAGGCAGGCCCGUCCACACGUGGUCUGGGCCACCUGGCUCUCUUCCAAGGCCAGAUCCAGCUUAGCCUCAAAUGCCACACUGACCAGGUCAGUACCGUUCUCCCUACAGUACUCCAGAGCCUCUUCCCACGUAUGAAUUUCCUUCACCAGCAGAAAUGUAUUUUCAGGGCCUCCCGAGAGGCACAGCGGUCUAAGGCACUGCAUCGCAGUGCUUGAGGCGUCAUUACAGACCCGGGUUCGAUCCCAGGCUGUGUCACAGCCGGCCGUGACUGGGAGAUCCAUGAGGCGACGCACAAUUGGCCCAGCGUCAUUCGGGUUAGGGGAGGGCUUGACCAGCCGGGAUAUCCUUGUCCCAUUGAGCUCUAGUGACUCCUUGUGGUGGGCCAGGCGCCUGCAAGCUGACUUCAGUCGUCAGCUGGACGGUGUUUCCUCCGACACAUUGGUGCGGCUGGCUUCCGAGUUCAGCGAACAGUGUGUCAAGAAGCAGUGCGGCUUGGCAGGGUUGUGUUUCAGAGGACGCAUGGCUCUCGACCUUGGCCUCUCCCGAGUCCAUAGGGGAGUUGCAGCGAUGAGACAAUAGUCACCAUGCCAACCAUUUUGGUUAUGUAAACCACAGGAUUCCCUGUGGACGGUUGCUUGGUUGUAACUUGGACCAGAGUAGAAAGGAUUCUGAUUCACUUCCAACCUGUUAACUAAUUGUCCUCUCUGUAGAGACCAAUCCAAGCAUGGUCUCUAUAGUCUUCCCUCCUCCCUCUGGCUGGUGAUAAAGGACAGGUCAGUGUGGUGAAGUUUGCAGUACUCUAAAGCUUCCGGACAGAUUUUCAUGAGAGAAACAUAAAUGUGCCUCCCAAAUGCUCCAACGACCACCUUACAGAAAGCUAUGAUGAGGAGCAGCUUAAAAGUAGUGUUCUCCAUGAUGGCUUAGCGAAUGGUAUUGAGUCGCCGCGACUUUUAUAGUGUUAUUUUAAAGUCUAUCUGAAACAUCUAAUCUACAGCAUAGGGAGGUGUUGACAAAUCAGGGAUUUCUGUACCAGUAAGGAAAUACACUUUGCAUGCAAAUUCACAAUCAAAUGAAGGUUUACACACCUUAUGUACCUUAAGAUGUUCCCGUUCAGACUGGGAAUCUUAGGAACAAGCUGCUGCAGUAGUGAGGAAAACUCCUCAUUAGGAACACAACUCAUCAUCAUCAUCAUCGUUGUUAUGUGGUCACCUCUGAUUGUCAUGGUACUGUAUAUUCAUGUCAUUGACAUGCACUACAUGACCAAAAGUAUGUGGACACCUGCUCGUCGAACGUCUCAUUCUAAAAUUAUGGGCAUUAAUAUGGAGUUGGUCCACCCUUUGCUGCUAUAACAGCCUCCACUCUUCUGGGACAGCUUUCCACUAGCCACAAGAGGUCGGGCACUGAUGUUGGGCGAUUAGGCCUGGCUCGCAAUCUCCAUUCCAAUUCAUCCCAAAGGUGUUCGAUGGGGUUGAGGUCAGGGCUCUGUGCAGGUCAGUCAAGCUCUUCCACACCGAUCCCGACAAACCAAUUUCUGUAUGGACCUCGCUUUGUGCAUGGGGGCAUUGUCAUGUUGAAACCGGAAAGGACCUUCCCCAAACUGUUGGCACAAAGUUGAAAGUACAAAAUUGUCUAGAAUGCCAUUGUAUGCUGUAGCGUUAAGAUUUCCCUUCACUGGAACUAAGGAGCCCGAACCAUGAAAAACAGCCCCAGACCAUUAUUCCUCCUCCACCAAACUUUAGAGUUGGCACUAUGCAUUCGGGCAGGUAGCGUUCUCCUGGCAUCUGCAUAACCCAGAUUUGUCCGUCGGACUGCCAGAUGGUGAAGUGUGGUUCAUCACUCCAGAGAACACAUUUCCACUGCUCCAGAGUCCAAUGGUAGUGAGCUUUACAGCACUCCAGCCGACGCUUAGCAUUGCGCGUGGUGAUCUUAGGCUUGUGUGUGGCUGCUCAGCCAUGGAAACCCAUUUCAUGAAGCUGCUGACGUUGCUUCCAGAGGCAGUUUGGAACACGGUAGUGAGUGUUGCAACCGAGGACAGACGAUUUUUACGCACUACGCGCUUCAGCACUCGGUCGCCCCAUUCUGUGUGGCCUACCACUUCGCGGCUGAGCCGUUGUUGCUCCUAGAGAUUUCCACUUCACAAUAACAGCACUUACAAUUGACCGGGCAGCUCUAGCAGGGCAGAAAUUUGACGAACUGACUUGUUGGAAAGGUGGCAUCCUAUGACAGUGCCACGUUGAAAGUCACUGAGCUCUUCAGUAAGGCCAUUCUACUGCCAAUGUUUGUCUAUGGAGAUUGCAUGGCUGUGUGCUUGAUUUUAUACACCUGUCAGCAACGGGUGUGGCUGAAAUAGCCGAAUACACUCAUUUGAAGGGGUGUCCACAUACUUGUGUAUAUAUAGUGUACCAUCUGUGCAUAAUUGGCUAUACUCCACAUGUAAGCAAGCAUCUUAUAGCGAUGACUAUCUCAGAUGACCAUGAAAGUCACAUCAGAAAGCUCCAAUACAGGUAGGUGUGUGUGUGUGUGUGUGUGUGUGUGUAUUGGCAUGCUUAAACUGCAGAGUAAUAUUGUAGAUUAUGCCUAAUUAGAUCGUUAGGUGUCAGAGCUGUGGCCUGAGUUCUGAGAGGGAGACUUCUCUGCCCUCCUCGGGGCGACUUUGGCACCUCUACUCCACAGAGCCCACAACGCUCAGCAGAGUGACAGGUGACCCGCCUGACCCCCAACACACACACACACACACACACCCCAGGACAGGAACCAGUGUCAGCCAUGUGGGAGUCAUCUCCUUCCAGUCCCCAACACGUACUAUCAUUAUGACUGGACUGGAGGAAAUCAGGCUGCAAUAGCACCAUGGACACACUGCACUUUUCUCCAUUGAUCGUAGAUUAAUUGAACCACUGUCAACAUUGAUCAAAUACGUCAUAGAUGUGCUGUUUCUCCUUACAUGAGGUAGAACAAGUCACAAUAGUUUGAUCAGAAUGACAUACUAGCUAUGUGACACAGAGCCAGAGCAUCCCUAAAAGUGAGUUAGCAAAAAAAAAUAGAGAGUAAAUCACAUGUAAAAUAACUUGUGGAGGAUCCUGUUUGGGUCCAUUUUAUGGAAAUAAAUGGCCCAAAGCGAUGAAGUAAAACGUGAAGGAUGGAUAAGGAUGUUUGGAUGAGUGAGCGGGGACAGGGCUAAAUAAAACCUUUUAUGAACUAUUAAAAGGGACAGUUCACUCCAAAAUCAACAUUUGUUGGAUGUUUUUUUUCUGACCUUAAAAGUUAUGUUGUGAUGAAUUCACAUCCCAUCCCAUGUCAUUGGUAUGGUAUGUCUGCCUCAACCUCAAAUUAAUAGAAAAGAUUAGCACGGAAUAAAAUCCUGAAUUUGCACUGCUCAUCUUUACCAUUCUCUUUGGAUUGAAGCAUAUGGAUCUACAUAACAGGUUGCCUGGGACAUUGACUUAUUUCAUAAGUACACUCCAGUUGAGGUUGAAAACAUCUAAAAGUGACCAGCAACUCCAAUGUGUUUGGCCCUCCUGUAGCUCAGUUGGUAGAGCAUGGUGCUUGCAACGCCAGGGUUGUGGGUUCGAUUCCCACGGGGUGUCAGUAUGAAAAAUGUAUGCACUCACUAACUGUAAGUCGCUCUGGAUAAGAGCGUCUGCUAAAUUACAAAAAUGUAAAUAUAAUGGUAAGGCACCUGUCACCGCUCUCUGAGACUCUAUCCAAGCACAGUACAACAGUGACACCUGCCGGGAAAAGUAUAAUCUGUUGCCCUGCGUUAGUAAGUAUGCACUAUUGAACAAACCUCAUAUGUAACAACUUCACGAAAAAAAAUAUUUUUAAUAUAUUUAAAAAAACAAAUUAUGCGACUGAAAAUCCAAUAAAGAUACAGCAACCUUUAAUAUCAUAUAUCAGUGUGUUUUUACAUGGCAAAUUUUACACAACAGCUCAUUUCAUUAUAUAUUAUGAAACCGCUUGGUUAUUAUUAUCUGUCUAUUCGGAUCACAAGGAACUGCAAAUUGCACGGGUGUUCUGCACGGCCAUAUUUAUCUUCCGUACACAGACACAGACAGACCGAACGAUGUGGGAGUGUUGUUAUAACGCAGUUCGGCGUCUGCAAGGUAUAUGACGGAUUCUGCUUCAUAAACAACACAAGUAAGUGCAAUGAGUAUGCGCCCUGAAGAACAAACUAUUGACAUAAAAUACAUACGAUAUUAUUCCCUUGUCGUGCUGUUUGGCAGUGUUAAAUAAAUGCAUUUCUUACGCUAAAUGGCCAAAAGUAUCUGGACACCCUUCAAAUUAGUGGAUUCGGCUAUUUCAGCCACACCCGCUGCUGACAGGUUUAUAAAAUCGAGCACACAGCUAUGCUAUCUCCAUAGACAAACAUUGGCAGUAGAAUGGCCUUACUGAAGAGCUCAGUGACUUUCAACGUGGCACCGUCAUAGGAUGCCAACUUUCCAACAAGUCAGUUCGUCGAAUUUCUGGCCCAGUCAACUGUAAGUGCUGUUAUUGUGAAGUUGAAACGUCUAGGCCCCUUAGUUCCAGAAGGGAAAUCGUAACGCUACAGCAUACAAUGACAUUCUAGACGAUUCUGUGCUUCCAACUUUGUGGAAACAGUUUGGGGAAGGCCCUUUCCUGUUUGAGCGUGACAAUGCCCCGUGCACAAAGCGAAGUCCAUACAGAAAUGGUUUGUCGAGAUCGGUGUGGAAGAACUUGACUGUUCUGCACAGAGCCCUGACCUCAACUCCAUCAAACACCUUUGGGAUGAAUUGGACCGCCGACUGUGAGCCAGGCCUAAUCGCCCAACAUCAAUACCCAACCUCACUAAUGCUCGUGGCUGAAUGGAAGCAAGUCCCCGCAGCAAUAUUCCAACAUCUAGUGGAAAUCCUUCCCAGAAGGGUGGAGGCUGUUACAGCAGCAAAAGGGGGACCAACUCCAGAUGAAUGUCCAUGAUUUUGGGCUGAGAUGUUCGACGAGCAGGUGUCCACAUACUUUUGUGUAGUUGGCAGAGGACACUACAUAAUUUGAUACUUGGACAGGAAAAUAGACAUGUGACAUGGGAGUUUUUCCUAGCCACCUUGCUUCUACAUCUGCAUUGCUUGCUGUUUGGGGUUUUAGGCUGGGUUUCUGUAUAGCACUUUGUGACAUCUGCUGAUGUAAAAAGGGCUUUAUAAAUACAGUUGAUUGAUUGAUUGAAAUUUGAAUGGUUACAUGAUGAUGAAAAUGUAAAGCCAUUCGAGAAUUUAGUGGCAGUAUUACAGCAGAGAUGUCAAUUUGUCCAAGAAUGAUAUGGCUAUUUCAUGUGGAUAUGGCUCUUGUUUGCAUUAUGGUGCCAUAGUUGAACUUAACAUGAAGUUAUGUGUUUUCAUGUGUGCUUUCCCAACUAUUAUUGUAAUAACUAUGUAAUAUCAAUGUGUAGUAUUAAUAGUAUGUAAUAACAGCCUCAACGCCUCUUCCAGCUCUACAGGUCCAGCAUGCCUCUGGGCGACAUGAGGACACCCCUGCUGUCCGACUCAUUUGACGCCCCAGAAGAACCCCUGCCCUGUGACCCGGGAAACCCCACAGUGGGCAUCCUAGGUUCAGGCGAUUACUCCCGCUCCCUGGCUGUGCGAUUAAUUGCCUGUGGAUAUAGGGUAGUGGUCGGCAGCCGUAACCCAAAGCAUAUAGCCACGGGCCUGUUUCCUGAUGGGGUUCAGCUUCUCACACAGCGGGAGGCGAUGGUUGGCACAGAGAAGGUUGUCUUUGCUGCUCUCUACCCAGAACACUACCACACCCUGGUGGGGUUGAGGGAUGUGCUGGCUGGGAAGGUGCUGGUGGAUGUGAGCAACGCCACCAGGCUUAACAGUGGAGAGCCGUCUAACGCUGAGAGGCUGGCGGAGCUGUUCCCAGAGAGCAGAGUGGUGAAGGGCUUCAAUGUGGUCUCAGCCUGGGCCCUGCAGACUGGAGCUCACGACGGCAGCAGGCAGGUGAGAGUCUCCAUGUAUAUACUGUACAUACUACUCCACACAUUGUAUAUGUAGUUAUAGAAGUCGCACACCGACAGGCAGACACACACCCACACAGUGUGAGCCUCAAUGUCCCCUAAUCAGUCCGCUCCCCCUCCCAGGUCCUGAUCAGCAGUGACUGUCCUGAGGCCAAGAGAACUGUGAUCCAGCUGGCUCGCUGUAUGAGUUUCCUGGCCGUGGACAUGGGAGGCCUUGCUACCUCUAGGCACAUCGAGGACGCCCCCCUGCGCCUCUUCCCAUCCUGGGGCGGCCCCCUAAUGGUCACCUUCCUCCUCAUCCUCUUCUUCUAUGGCUACAACUUCCUGCGUGGCGUUCUCAUGCCCUACCUGUCCCGGGGGCAAAACAACUUCUACCAGCUGCCCCUGGAGACAGUGAACGAGACGCUGCCAGCAGUGGCCCUGGUGAUUCUGGCGCUGGUCUACCUGCCGGGACUGUGGGCUGCCGCGCUGCAGCUGGUCCGGGGCACCAAGUACAGCCGAUUCCCCGGCUGGCUGGACCACUGGAUGGGGAGACGCAAACAGCUAGGCCUUCUGAGCUUCCUGUGUGCCGGGCUGCAUGCGGUCUACAGUAUGUGUCUGACCCUGCGCAGGGCUUCUCAAUACAGGCUGUUAGAUGCAGCGUACAGACAGGUGAGUGGUUGGAGUCUGUUGAACAGGUUGUUCAUAGUCUGUUGAACAGGUUGUUCAUAGUUAGUUGAACAUCUAUAAUCCAUCAGUAGGGGACUAUCCAAAUAAAGUGUUACCAACCGUGGUUGGUGAUGUUGUUACUGCAGUGGAGCAGUAGGCCAAGGGCUGUAUUUUGAACUCUCACUGAGUGUGAACAUGACGCAACAGAGUGUUGCUGAGGCCUAAUUAACAGACUGACUCCCUUAAGAGCUGCUUCCUGGGGGCAGGAUGCUGCUCACGCACACAGCUCUCCCAUGGAGCGUUGUUCACAAGUGGGAGAAGGCUGUGUGUGCUCAUUAGUUGAUCCACAGAUGAAGUGUUCCUACCACACUUCUCACCGUUUCCCAGUGUUUUAAUGCUUUUUUCUGCAUCAGGGAAUCAUUUGGUUUUCCACUAACCGGUCUUUGUGCCCCUCCAGGUGAAGGCGGGAGUGGAGCAUUCCUGGGAGGAGCCUCAGGCGUGGAGAUCGGACCUUUAUCUGUCCUCUGGCAUUCUGGGACUUGGUGUUCUGACUCUUCUGGCCAUCACAUCUCUACCCUCGGUGGGUAACGCCCUCAAUUGGAGAGAGUUCACCUUUGUACAGGUGAGUAGCUACAGUGAGGGAAAAAAGUAUUUGAUCCCCUGCUGAUUUUGUACAUUUGCCCACUGACAAAGAAAUGAUCAGUCUAUCAUUUUAAUGGUAGGUUUAUUUGAACAGUGAGAGACAGAAUAACAACUACAAAAUCCAGAAAAAUGCAUGUCAAAAAUGUUAUAAAUAUAUUUGCAUUUUAAUGAGGGAAAUAAGUAUUUGACCCGCUCUAAAUCAGAAAGAUUUCUGGCUCCCAGGUGUCUUUUAUACAGGUAACGAGCUGAGAUUAGGUGCACACUCUUAAAGGGAGUGCUCCUAAUCUCAGCUUGUUACCUGUAUAAAUGACACUUGUCCACAGAAGCAAUCAAUCAAUCAGAUUCCAAACUCUCCACCAUGACCAAGACCAAAGAGCUCUCCAAGGAUGUCAGGGACAAGAUUGUAGACCUACACAAGGCUGGAAUGGGCUACAAGACCAUCGCCAAGCAGCUUGGUGAGAAGGUGACAACAGUUGGUGCGAUUAUUCGCAAAUGGAAAAAAACACAAAAUAACUGUCAAUCUCCCUCUGCCUGGGGCUCCAUGCAAGUUCUCACCUCGUGGAGUUGCAAUGAUCAUGAGAACGGUGAGGAAUCUGCCCAGAACUACACGGGAGGAUCUUGUCAAUGAUCUCAAGGCAGCUGGGACCAUAGUCACCAAGAAAACUAUUGGUAACACAAUACGCCGUGAAGGACUGAAAUCCUGCAGCACCCGCAAGGUCCCCCUGCUCAAUAAAGCACAUAUACAGGGCCAUCUGAAGUUUGCCAAUUAACAUCUGAAUGAUUCAGAGGAGAACUGGGUGAAAGUGUUGUGGUCAGAUGAGACCAAAAUCGAGCUCUUUGGCAUCAACUCAACUCGCCGUGUUUGGAGGAGGAGGAAUGCUGCCUAUUACCCCAAGAACACCAUCCCCACCAUCAAACACGGAGGUGGAAACAUUAUGCUUUGGGGUGUUUUCUGCUAAGGGGACAGGACAACUUCACCGCAUCAAAGGGACGAUGGACGGGGCCAUGUACCGUCAAAUCUUGGGUGAGAACCUCCUUCCCUCAGCCAGGGCAUUGAAAAUGGGUCGUGGAUGGGUAUUCCAGCAUGACAAUGACCCAAAACACACGGCCAAGGCAACAAAGGAGUGGCUCAAGAAGAAGCACAUAAAGGUCCUGGAGUGGCCUAGCCAGUCUCCAGACCUUAAUCCCAUAGAACAUUUGUGGAGGGAGCUGAAGGUUCGAGUUGCCAAACGUCAGCCUCGAAACCUUAAUGACUUGGAGAAGAUCUGCAAAGAGGAGUAGUACAAAAUCCCUCCUGAGAUGUGUGCAAACCUGGUGGCCAACUACAAGAAACGUCUGACCUCUGUGAUUGCCAACAAGGGUUUUGCCACCAAGUACUAAGUCAUGUUUUGCAGAGGGGUCAAAUACUUAUUUCCCUCAAUAAAAUGCAAAUCAAUGUAUAACAUUUUUGACAUGUGUUUUUCUGGAUUUUUUUGUUGUUAUUCUGUCUUUCAUUGUUCAAAUAAACCUAACAUUAAAAUUAUAGACUGAUCAUGUCUUUGUCAGUGGGCAAAUGUACAAAAUCAGCAGGGGAUCAAAUACUUUUUCCCCUCACUGUAACAGCACGUGAUACUUCAUACUGUCGUAUGCACCCGUAGUUUAUUGCAACAUUUUGAGCGGUUUUCUAUCAUCAGUGUUUCUGUCUCUCCAGUCAGGGUUGGGGUACGCUGCCUUGACUCUCUCCAUCAUGCACACCCUCUUCUUCGGCUGGGACUUUGCUUUCUUCUCAUUUGCUUACCCUUACUACAUGCCCCCCACAUACCUGCUGGCACUGAUCCUGCCCUGUCUGGUCCUGGUGGGUCGGCUCAUCCUGGCGCUGCCCUGCCUGGCGUUCAGACUAGCAAAGAUACGUCGAGGCUGGGAGAGCCCAUGCCACCACCCUCCUCAGACCCAUGAGGACACAGCCAAUGGCGUGCUGCCCAGGGACUUGAGUGGUGAUGUGUGACGGUCCAAUCAAGUGUUAGAGACUCAGUGCAAAUCCAUUCUCUAGCUCUGAUGAAGGUUAUUUGCACAUUUGUCUGGCAGACACUAUGGCACUUUAAUGCCACACUAUUUGAAUCCGAAUAAGAAACAAACUCAAGAAAAGUGUUACUAUUUUUCUAGAAACUGAAAUACUUUAAAGUUACCUCACCAGAACAAGUCCACUAUACAACUACCUUCUGUUAAGAUAAAUCAUGUAUGCUCUUUGUUUAACUGGGUUAAGAAACAUAAGAAAUAUGUAUAGCUGUCACAGUAUCAUAGCAAGCCAUUUCAUAUUUGACUAGACCUCUAAGCUUCUCUUGGGUGAAGGAGAAGAAUGUGACCACUUUCUGGUCAAUUUCAGCAUAUUAAAAAUCUCCAAACCCACUAUUCGACAAGAUUUACCAACCAGAAGUGCCUGGAUUGAGCCUCGACUGAGAAGCUGCACUUCACCCUGAAAUAGGAACAUUUUAUCUAGACAGAAGUCUGUAUAAGGGCAUUGGAUUAGUGUUAGAGACCUAGACAAUACAGUCAGUCUUUGCUGUUCAGCUGUGUGUUGCUGCUCUGUCGCUUCCAGACAGAGUCUGUGUGGAGCUCCAGUCCUAACAGCAUCAUUAUGUAAGGAGACUGGACACAUCAUCACAGUCACAAUACACGUAACUACUGUCAACCUGGGAAAUUAACAAUUAACUGAAGGAAAGUGUUUUCAGCGCACACAUAACGUGCGAUAUACACUCACCCCGUUUGUGAAAAUGGAUCGCUCCUACAGACA